AUGGUUAACAUGCGUGCAGUCGACAUCAAGGAUGGCAAGGGUCCCGCCACUUCCCUCUUCAUCAACGAAAUCGAACGUCCCAAGCCUACCGCCGCACAAGCUCUCAUUCGCGUCAAAGCCUUUGGUCUCAAUCGCAUGGAUCUGCUCCAGCGCGAAGGAAACUACCCCGUUCCUCCCCAAGCUCCCAAAACUCUCGGUGUCGAAUUCAGCGGUAUAAUCGAGGAGCUUGCUUCAGAGAGCGAGAGCGGUUUCAAAAAGGGCGAUGCUGUGUUUGGUUUGGCAUACGGUGGUGCUUAUGCAGAGUACAUUGUCGUGAGCACGCAUAUGCUCGUCCACAAGCCCGAUGAGUUGAGCUUUGAGGAGUGUGCCGGUAUCCCUGAGACAUGGAUCACCGCCCUCCAAGCAAUGUACAUGGUCGCAGACUACAAGCCCAACCAAUCCAUCCUCUGGCACGCCGGUGCCUCCAACGUUUCCAUCGCUGGAAUCCAACUCUCAAAAGCCGACUCGGCCUCCAAAAUCUUCGCUACCACUCGCUCCGACGAAAAGAACAAGUUUGUGGUCGAAAAGCUAGGUGCCACCGCAGCCUUCAACUCAGAAACCCAGGACUGGGCUGAGGAGCUCUUGAAGGCAACAGAUGGCAAGGGUGUGGACGUCAUCGUCGAUUUUAUGGGUGCCGGCUUCUUUGCCAGCAACCUGAAGGCUGCAGCCAGGGACGCCCACAUCGUCACUCUCGCUGCACUGACGGGUAUGAAGUUACCCGCCGAGACCGAUAUGGGUGCUUUCCUGUUCAAGAGAGUGAGAUUGGAGGGCUCAACACUCAGAGCCAGAGACGAAAAGUACCAGGGUAAGCUGAGAGAUCAGCUUGUCGAGCACGCUCUGCCCAAGUUCAAGGACGGCACUUUCAAGGCUUACGUCGAGAAGGUCAUGGAUUGGGAGAAGAUUGUUGAGGCUCAUCAGCUCAUGGAAUCCAACAAGACCAAGGGCAAGAUCAUCAUGACCAUUAACUGCAUGGAAGCUCUAAAGCCUACUCCAGAGGAGACCACCAAGCCCACCCUCGACCCCAACCCCGACCCGGCCCCCAAAUCCAUAUCUGAGGAAGCGAAGGAGGCCAAUGAUCAAUUUGACCGGAGCAUCAAAGAACUUGGAGAGAAGACGAGCGAUGUCCUUUCAGUCUUGUUGUCGCAGUCGAAGAAGCAAAUCAAAGAGGUGGGUUUGAAGGACAUUGUCACCAGGUCUUCCGAAGCUGAUUCAUCACGACAGUGGGAAAUCCAGAUCAAGCAUCGUGAGCAGGAUAUUCAGUGUACCAUUGAAACGUUUCUCAGAUUGCAUGAAGAUAUCGCUCGCUGGAACUCGGAGAAGAUGCAGGCUCUUGCCAGCAUUAAAGAGCUGGAGCCGUUGGUCGAGACGUUGGCGAAGUCAGUCUCGAAGAUGGAAGAAGCUGGACUGAGGCCUCGCAGUGGCCGUAUGGUUUCCUGCAAUUCGCACAUGGGACUAGAAUUCGAGACUCUGUAG